AUGAAACAGUUAUCCUGCGGCCUCUUGGCGGCCUCAGAUUGGAUAAAGGCUCAGACCAACGUUGGCCACCGCGCUUUGGACAGCGGCCGGAACGCCCUGCUGAAUAUCCAGGAACUGUCGAUCAGCCAACGCACCUACCCGGUGUCUGCAUAUAUAGCUGCCCCCGAUGAUUCGUGCAAGGGUGUCGUUCCGGGACUGGGACCAGGCACCCCCUCACAUAUGCUGGUAGAAGAGAUGCAAGCAUCUGGAAUCCAGAUACUACAGGCUCAGAUGAUGGAUCAGACGAAUAUUGCACUGGUCACCUUCGAGGGCCUACGUGUGCCACGCUUCGUCCGAUUUCUUGGGGCAGAGAUCCGCUGCUACCCACACCAUCCCCGCCAGCCGAUCUGCAAAACGUGCCUCAAACUGGGACACCGAGCCGACCACUGCCCCACACCGGACGUCACCAUUUGCGCACAGUGCGGCAUCGCAAAUCGCGCCCCAUCACACCCAUGCUUUCCCCGGUGCAAAUCAUGUGGAGGGGACCAUCCUACACCUCAACCGAAGUGCCCGCAAUGCCAGCGACAACCCUUCAACAGAGCCUGGGUGAAAAAAGCCAUCGAAGAUGAACAGCGGCAACUGAAGGCCUCCAACAAUGGGGCUCCUUCAUCAGAGAUAACCCCUGUUUCGGGAACAUCAUUCAAGAAAGCUGGCCGGCCUCGUUCGAAGACGCCGUCCAGAUCCCGCCCCAAGACUCGGGCAAACUCCAAGUCCCGUUCCCGAUCCCGCUUCCAGUCGUCCUCUGCCCGCAACCAGGUGAAGCGUCAGACUGCCCCGGUAUCUCAGGCAGCGCCGCUGCCCUUCAGGAAGGCACUACUAAGCAAGCCGGCAACUUCAGUAGCUACCCCAGACCAUCAGCAGCCCCGGGCUCCGGAGAACACCAAUGCCAAGGUGGCACCUCGGCAGGACCAGUGGUUGCGCGUGGUCCUUUCGAUGAACAUCUAG